UUGACUAAUUUUCCUAUCAAGCUACUGAAACCGAUCUAUGAAUAAUAACCAAAACUCGCGAAAGUCUUACACACGGAAAGCACAGUCGGUUUAGUCACUUUACGGGACAAGCCGACUUAUUUCCACUAAUAGAUAGACAGUUGUGGUGGCCAACCAUUGUGCAGCGUUAGUGCGUGAGCGCCCAUGCGAAGGAAUUAUAGGCUUUUUCAAAAGAGCAAUUAUGGUUCUAUUAGCCGGUUGCUUUGGUUGUGAAUUUGUGGUUUUUGUGUUCCUUUUAAGGCUUUUUGGUGCACAAUGCCAGGACUUCGGGUAUGAAGGAGCUGAAGGCCCGUCCCAUUGGGGGGAAAAGUACUCGCAAUGUUUGGGGAAACAUCAGAGCCCCAUCGACAUUGAAACGCACAGCGUGAUUUGGAUAAAUUAUCCAGAGCUGCAUUUUGAGCAGUUCGGGGCGCUUUUGAGGAACGUUUCCCUGGAAAACAACGGGCAUACAGUGGUAAUGAAAAUAUUGUCAGGGGAAAAGCCCAGGAUCCAUGGCGGGCCUUUGAAGGGGGUAUACGAGUUCGGGCAGCUGCACUUCCAUUGGGGCCCCAACGAUACUAUUGGCUCGGAAAAUCAAAUCGACCACCACAGCUUCCCCUUGGAGAUGCAUGUCGUGAUGUUCAACACAGCUUAUGGGCUGGAAAAUGCCCCGAAAAUAGCUGGCGGCCUUACCGUCUUGUCAUUUUUAACUUCGCUCAGCCCGCUGAACAAUCAUCAAUACGACAAAUUCGAGAACGGUUUGCAUCAUGUGGAGCAGCUGCUAUCGGCCAACACGAUGCAGAAUGUGGGGUCUUUGGACGACUUAACAACCACGCAAAGAAGAACCUACUUUACCUAUGAAGGCUCCUUAACAACCCCACCAUGUUCCGAGGUGGUUACCUGGAUAGAGUUUGUAAAAACCAUUCCACUGUCCAAAGCGCAGGUAAACUCAUUUCGGAUGAUCGACACAAAAAAAGGCCGCCUGACUCACAACUACAGGCCAAUCCAGCCGAUCAACGACCGCAGGAUUUUCUACCAGAACUCCUCACAGUCAAACCUUCAAGGGUCUUUGGCCCCAGCCAUGGCCCUCUUAGCGGCCCUGUUUCUUCUAAUCAAUACAUAGCUUGGGAGUGAAAUCUAGUUUCCUACAGAACAUGUGAUCAAAUGUAAUUUAUUUUAGUUAAUAAACAGCCGCUCUAUAAAAAGUA